CCCCUGACAGCGACAUGCAGCUCCUGGUGGCGUCUGCUCUCUUGCUGCUCGCAGGGUGCGCCUCUGCGCGGCCAGAAGCGCCUGCGCAGCAGUACGGCGCGCCAGACGCGGCUCCGUACCCUCCCUCAGGCUGGCGUCCGGAAGGUCGGCAGUUCUUCCUGCCUUCCAGGAACUCCGGCCAGUACGCGCCGCCACCACAGCAGUACGGCCCUCCACCCCCGCCCGCCCCCACGACUACAGAGGCUGCCGAGACCACGACCACCGAGCUGCCCACCACCACGGCUCCCUCAGACGCGGCUGCCGACGGCUCCCGCGCCCUGGAGUCCGGCGUGUACUACCUGCUGCAGCCGGACGGCCGCCUCCAGCGCAUCACCUACGCCCACGGGCCCGCCGCCCCCGCCUCGUCUUCCGCCCCCGCCGCCUCCCCUCUGCUGCCGGAGCGGCUGUCGCUGCCCGCAGACCCCGGCUACCUGGCGCGCUUCCACUACCAGGACCUGCUGCCUCAGGGCGCACCCGUCUUCGCCUACCGGCAGGCCGGGCUGAUGCGCAUCUUUUGAAAAACUGCGUCUUUGUGCAGAGGACUAUAAAGACUAUAGCACAUGCACGUAUGAAGUUGAGACUGCCACUAUGUGGCAUUAAAACAUCCGUAUUUAAACGUAAUUGUUUUCGCUUCGUUCGUAUGUGAUACUAAGAUGACUCCUAAGCUCCCAAAAUUUUUGUUGGUAAAAUGCCAACACUCAUUGUUAAAGGGAUUUAAUGUUGUCGCUAUCGACUUUUUUCAAGUUCACAUUACAUGGCUGUGAUACACAUAUGGGACUACUACACAUUUUUCUCACUACAUGUCAAUUUAAUACACAGAAGCAAAAUUUAGGAAGAUUUUUCUUCAGAAAUCAGUCGUCAGUCGUAAAUCAUCACAUAAAGAAACCUUAAUUGUGUCAGUUUGUGCAUUUCCUGUCUG